AUGCCCGACGGUGACUGGUUGUAUCAAAAGGAAAAGGUUAAAGCAUACACUGCCUCUAAAGUCAAGAACGUCUUCGUACAUAUAUUCUCGACAACAUACCACCACGACCAAGAACAAACCAGUGGUGAAUUCUCCAGAAGAAAUGUGGUACUAUUUUAUUUCAAUCUAUUUGUAUGCAUGGCGACUUCAAUGUUGGUGAGUGACAAGCAAAUGCGAUGGAGCAAAUGGCCUUAUUGGACGGAUUCUUUUGAAUAUUACCUCCGAAGAAAAACCUCACCAAAUUUUAUGGAAGCGCUAACCUUUGAAUGCAAAUGUCCUCCAUAUAAAGAGCAAUGCAAAGGUUUGGAUUGUAAAAGAGGACCAGUACUCGUGAUGCCCGUGAUUAUACGUCUUUUCAAGUACCCACAGCCUGAACAAAAGCAAUCCAAAGAUAAGAAAAAAUCAGAAGAAAAACCGGAAAGAAGUACGCCACAAAUUGUACCCACAGCGUCCUUUGCGUGGAAACAAUUUCGCAUUCUUCAGUGGCUAGCGAUAAUCUGCGCAGUUAGUUAUAUAAAGUUUACAGAACAAUCUAUAACAGGCCUCACAUACAGGGACAAUUUCGAUUUUGAGGAGAGAUAUCGCGGCGAUCAUAAAUGCGACCCAUACUAUUGGCAUCCUCUCCACAUGCCCGAACACUGUAUUAAGCAGUACGAGGAAGUUGUACGCUCCAGAGUAACGCGCAGUAAACCUUUACAAGUCAUGAGAGAGAAAAUCAACCCGCAUUCUUACAAAUACCAUGCGAUUGACCCUAAACCUAUUCUAUCCUCCAGCGAGCUAAAUUCAAUUAAUAGCAUAAUGUCCUACAGUAAUCUUGAACCUGAGAAUAACUACCAUAACUUGAUUUCUUCACAUCACUACAAUUUUCCCACCUCUCCAAAUAAUGACAAACACCUGAAGUCUUUAAGUCCAUACCAUGUUCCACCUGCUUUAAAUCAAUAUAAUGGUUGGCGUUCAAAUUCUGCAAAUAAUUUGGAUGCGCCUGUUAAAAAUAUUGGCAUUAACGAUCUUGUCCCAUUACAUAAUGGUCGGCGUGUUGACCAUGUUGUCCAAGGCAAUAACCGAGUAUAUGAUGAUAGCGGUAACCCCAUUCAUCACGGUCAGUAUGUUCAUGGACGUAAUCGCGAUUAUGAAGAUCACGCUGAUCCUGUAGUGAAAAUGUACUCCGUAGACAAAGUUUACCGUGGAGGUAACAAUCAUUACGUUGAUAGAGGCAGUUACCAUGGAGAUCGCAGUCAUUAUAUUGAUCUUGAAAGUUACGGACAUCGCGGUGAAUACAAAGACUACGAUGAUAAUCAUCACCAAACAGAUCAUGUCUCCUCUCGACGAAAAGGUUUUCAAAAAAGACAUAUGAAACGCGUGCAUCAAUCUGAACCUACGUAUAGUCAAGAGUCGCUCGAGCUCAUUUACAAUAGUUUACGUAAUGCUAUGAAUAUGAUGCAUUACAUGAAUAAUGACGAUGAAACCUCAAAGCACACCACCAAAUGGGGCCAUAUGAGCCGAAACCGAAAACGUGCACGGCACCACGAACGUGGCUUGCUCCAAGAUUACAAACGAAUUCUGAAUGAAUAUAGCGAUCACGGACGACUUGUGUGUUGUGGUCGCUAUUACCCACGCAUCCUCGAUGAUGACAUUGGUGAUAGUUACGAAUAUCGGUAUAUUCUUGAACACAAUUACAACGAUCUUUCCCACGAGCACGAUAUUGACAAGUAUGUUGAUGACGACCGUACCAAGGACAUCAGACAUAGGCGUACCCGUCAAAAUUUCCCACAAGAUGCUAUGUUUAUAGAUGAUUACUUCAGUCCUUUUAGCAUGGAAUCUGUUUUCGAUAUUGGGUCACAGUCCAGUGGUGAGAAAUCUGUCCAUAUCCCCACUCCUGGUUAUCAGGCAUCUGUUCAAUCGAUGUUGCAAGCUAUAGAAACAGACGUACGAAGUCAGCCAAUCACACCACAAAUUGGAGUAUUGCCGUUUCUUGGUGUGUCUGCCGUAUACCAUCAACCUAUUUCAAAGAAUAGCGUCGAUUUAAUUAAGGACGUGGCGCAUUUAUAUCAAGAGGCUGCAAAGGAACAAUACAAACUAAUGGAAAAAUAUUUUCCGCCUCUGGCGCCACAACCACCUUUCCCACUGCCCGAUUUUUCACAUAAUGUUACCAACACAAGCCCAAUUGAAUACUAUCCAAAGCAACUUAAGGAUAACAAACUGAUGAACAAAAUACGCCACACAAUAUUGAAAAAUGCCAGACACUUCGGAAAAGAUGGAGAAAUGAAACAUAAUGUAAACAAAGGAGGAUCAUCACAGGAUAAUAUUUUUUUGAGACAAUAUAAAUGAUCCUAGUUUAGAAAAUACAUAUAUACGUAUUUAAACACCA